CGGGACCCGAGUGCGACGGCGCGACCGGCAGCGCCGGGCUCGCUUGUGGGGAAACGAAAGUGAGGGGAGUGCUGUGGCCGCGACAGGGCCGGGUCCGGCCGGCGGCGACGGCGGCAGCGACAGCGACAGCGUCGGCCUCACCCCCGCCCCGUCUCUUCCGCCCCGUCUCCCCUGAGCGUGAGUGCCGACGCGCGGCCCGGGGGGAGCGAGCGGGCGGGCGCGCGGGCCCAGCGUCUUCUCUCCCCGUUUUGCACCGACCACCGCCUCGGCCCCCAAGCCCAGUCGUGCCUCUCUCUCCCCUCCGCCUUCUCGUGGCUUCUGUCUUCCCUCCUUCCCACCCGCCGGCUCCCGGGAGCUGGAGCUGCGGCUGGCUUGUCUGCGCACACAUUUCACACACUCAGUGUUCGUCUUCAAAUAAAAGACUAGGAGUCACAAUGAAGAGGAGAACGGACCCAGAACGGACCGCCCCCAUCAAAAAGCAGAAGAAAAGAGUGGCAGAGCUUGGCCUGAACCUCAGCUCCGCAUCCGAUGAUGAUCCUCCUGCCUCCAUCAAUCAUGCAGUGAAAGCAUCUGCCACAAGCCUAAGUGAGUCUGACAGUGAGAAUGAGGGGAAGCCACGCAGCUCUGACUCUUUCCACGAUGUAUUUAAAGCAGACUCCCUUGUGGAGGGCACAUCCUCUCGCUAUUCCAUGUACAACAGUGUAUCCCAGAAGCUUAUGGCCAAGAUGGGCUUCAAGGAAGGUGAAGGACUGGGUAAAUACAGCCAGGGUCGGAAGGACAUCGUUGAGGCCUCUAAUCAGAAAGGCCGAAGAGGUUUGGGUCUGACACUUCGGGGCUUUGAUCAGGAGCUGAAUGUGGACUGGCGAGAUGAGCCAGAGCCCAGUGCCUGUGAGCAGGUUUCAUGGUUUCCAGAAUGUACCACCGAAAUUCCUGACACUCAGGAAAUGAGCAGUUGGAUGAUUGUGGGAAAGAGAAAGUUGAUGAUUGAAGACGAAACGGAGUUUUGUGGGGAAGAGCUGCUUCAUAGCGUGUUGCAAUGUAAGAGUGUGUUUGAUGACCUGGAAGGGGAGGAGAUGCGGCGAGCUCGCACCCGGGCCAAUCCCUACGAGAUGAUCCGUGGAGUCUUCUUCCUCAACAGGGCUGCAAUGAAGAUGGCUAACAUGGACUUUGUGUUUGAUUCCAUGUUUACAAAUCCACGGGACUCUGAUGGGAAGCCACUGGUAAAGGACCGGGACCCUGAGCUCCUGUACUUUGCUGAUGUCUGUGCAGGCCCAGGCGGCUUCUCAGAGUAUGUGCUGUGGAGGAAGAAGUGGCAUGCCAAGGGCUUUGGGAUGACUCUGAAGGGUCCCAAUGACUUCAAACUGGAAGACUUCUACUCGGCCUCCAGUGAGCUCUUCGAGCCCUACUAUGGUGAGCACGGGAUCGACGGAGAUGGAGAUAUCACCCGCCCAGAGAACAUCACUGCUUUUCGCAAUUUUGUCCUGGAUAACACAGAUCGCAAAGGUGUCCACUUUUUGAUGGCAGAUGGGGGUUUCUCAGUGGAGGGCCAGGAGAACCUGCAGGAAAUCCUCAGCAAGCAGCUGCUGCUGUGUCAGUUCCUCAUGGCGCUGUCUGUGGUCCGCACAGGAGGCCACUUCAUCUGUAAAACCUUUGACCUGUUCACACCAUUCAGCGUGGGGCUCAUCUACCUGCUGUACUGCUGCUUUGAACGAGUGUGCCUCUUCAAACCAGUUACCAGCCGUCCUGCCAACUCAGAGCGGUAUGUGGUGUGCAAGGGCCUGAAGGUGGGCAUAGAUGAUGUCCGGGAUUACCUCUUCUCAGUGAAUAUAAAACUAAACCAGCUGCGGAACACCGAUUCCGAUGUCAACCUUGUGGUCCCCUUGGAUGUGAUCAAAGGAGAUCAUGAAUUUACUGACUACAUGAUACGGUCUAACGAGAGCCAUUGUAGUCUGCAGAUUAAAGCUCUGGCCAAAAUCCAUGCCUUUGUUCAAGACACGACCCUGAGUGAACCUCGGCAGGCAGAGAUCCGCAAAGAGUGCCUCCAGCUCUGGGGGAUCCCAGAUAAGGCUCGAGUUGCUCCUUCUUCCUCAGACCCAAAAUCUAAGUUCUUUGAGCUAAUCCAGGGUACGGAGAUUGACAUCUUCAGCUAUAAGCCCACGCUGCUUACCUGCAGAACCCUGGAGAAGAUUCGCCCAGUGUUAGACUACCGCUGCAUGGUGUCUGGCAGCGAACAGAAGUUCCUCAUCGGCCUUGGGAAGUCCCAGAUCUACACAUGGGAUGGCAGCCAGUCAGACCGCUGGGUCAAGCUGGAUCUGAAGACAGAGCUGCCCCGGGACACCCUGCUCUCAGUGGAAAUUGUGCAUGAGCUGAAAGGCGAGGGGAAGGCCCAGCGGAAGAUUAGUGCCAUCCACAUCCUCGAUGUCCUCGUGUUGAACGGCAGUGAUGUCCGGGAGCAGCACUUUAACCAGCGAAUUCAGCUGGCUGAGAAAUUUGUGAAAGCUGUGUCCAAGCCCAGUCGGCCUGACAUGAACCCCAUCAGGGUGAAGGAGGUGUACAGGCUGGAGGAGAUGGAGAAGAUCUUUGUCAGGUUGGAAAUGAAGAUCAUCAAGGGUUCCAGCGGCACUCCCCGGCUCAGCUACACGGGACGGGAUGACCGGCACUUUGUGCCCACAGGCCUCUACAUCGUCAGGACUGUGAACGAGCCAUGGACCAUGGGAAUAAGCAAACGCUAUAAGAAGAAGUUUUUCUAUAAUAAGAAAACCAAGAGAUCCACCUAUGACCUCCCUACAGACUCCAUUGCUCCAUUUCACGUCUGCCACUGUGGCCGGCUCUUCUGGGAGUGGGGCGAUGGUAUCCUUGUGCACGAUUCCCAGAAGCCCCAGGACCCAAACAAGCUGUCUAAGGAAGACGUCCUUUCCUUCAUCCAAAUGCACAGCGCCCAAGGGUCGUGGGCCAUCCAGCGUGUCCCAGGGCAGGGCUCUGGGCACCUGGGACCCUCAGUGGAGCACUGCAGCCCGGUCAGAGGGCAGGUGGCCUCCCUUGAGCCUGCGGAGGACUGCACAUGGUUCUCAGAAGCCUUCUCGCAGGAGCCUUUCCUCUGCUAGGACUCGGCCUGAAGGUGGCUGCUCCCAAGCAGAAUGAGGUGAGCGCUCCACGCUCCAAGGGCAGUGGAGCACCCAGCGAGGAGCUGCUCUCGCUCAUGUCCUGUAGACUCACUUUUCUGAGUUCCGUGCUCCGCCCCGACAAUGGCCAAGUCCCUGCUCUGCCUGGGAGUGGGUGCAGGCCCACUGGCAUGGGCUGGCCAGGAGCAGCUGCCAUGCAAAUCAAGGUUUUUCUUGAAUGCCAAGCUGGGGACUUCCCGUCUCCUCCCUGAGCCCUCCCGGCAGGCCGGGAAGAAGAGCUUGGGUCCUCCACCUUGGGACUGUGUGUUACUGCCUCCUGGCAUUGUGGAACCUUGCUGAGCCUACCCUCUUGGGAUUCAAACCCUGGGCAGCUGUGAACGUGCAGGCACCAGUCCUAAAGUCCUGCCUGUGUGUGUCAGUCAUGGCAGGUGCCUCAGUGGUCUGAGCAGCCCGGGU